AUGCAAGCUGUCUCAACAGAAGAGGCUCCCAGCCCAUUUCCCCAGUUCUCCCAAGCCAUUAAAUACAAUGGACUUGUCUUUUGCUCUGGAAACGUGGGGCUUAUUCCAGGCACUGAUCUGCAGCUCGUUGAGGGCACCGUCAAGGAUCGCGCGAUGCAAACCUUGAAGAAUCUUGAAGCAAUUCUUACUGCAGCUGGAAGCAGUCUACACAACGUUGUCAAGGUGAACAUUUACAUCACCGACAUGCAGAACUUUGACCUCAUCAACGAGGCCUACGAUGAGUUCUUUACAUGGAGUCCUAAGCCCGCUCGCACUUGUGUUGCGGUACAUCAACUACCACUGGGCACGGAUGUAGAAAUGGAGUGCACAGCGUUUCUGAAUGAAGGACAAUGA